AUGCGACCUCUAGUCACCUGUGAAAAACCAGCCUUUCAUCGUCUCAUUAAAGGACUAACAGGAAUUACAGAUACAGCUUUACUUCCAAACCGUAGAAGUUUAUCUAAAGAGCUAAAACUUAAGUAUAAUAACUAUGUAUCAAUGUUAACUAGUUUAAUUGAUAAACAAAAUUACAUAUGUAACACUGCAGAUAUAUGGAGCGCGAAUAACAAAAGUUUUAUGGGGAUGACUUGCCAUUUUAUUGAUAACAAAACAUAUAAACGUUAUUCAUAUGUAUUAGGUUGCAGAAGAAUUAAAGGCGGCCACAACUUUUUAAAUAUUGCUGAUGUCAUAAAUGAAAUCUGUGAAACUUAUCAAAUAAACAAUUCUAAAAUCAGUCAUCUAGGUGACUUUAAUAGUGACACAGAAACACAAUUUGAUAGUGAUCAUUCAAAUAGUGACACUGAAAAUAAUAAUAACUCUGAUAGUGUUGAGUAUAUUAAUGUUGGUGAUUUGCUUUCUGAGUCAAAUAAUUUAAGUAACCCGGAAUAUAACAAUAUUUGUUUGCCCAAUCAUUUAACUUGUUGCGCACAUACACUGAAUUUAAUAGCUACUACAGAUAUUGGAAAAAUAAAGGAUACAAAUUAUUUAAAAAUGUCUAAAAUUACUUUUAAUAAAUUGAAUUCGUUUUGGAAUCUACUUAGUAGGAGCACUGUGGCCUCGGACAAAGUGUUUGAUCAUUGUAAGGUUAAAUUCCCGGUCCCAAUAAUUACUAGAUGGAACUCUAUGUUUAUUGCAGUAAAAAAAAUAUUAGCUUUUAAAGAAAAACUUAUUAUUGUGUUUGAAGAGUUGAAUUUAGUUAAAUUAAAAAUGGCAGAAUGGAUAUUUUUAGAAGAAUAUUCUAAAAUAAUGGAGCCAUUAGCAGUUGCUUUAGAUAAACUACAAGGUGAAAAACGCAGUUUUCUUGGAUAUGUUGCUCCAACUAUUAUUGUUUUAAGACGUUUAUUAAUUCAAUCAACACACUUGCAGUAUUGUAAGCCUUUAAGUUUAUGUUUAAUUUCUAGCCUCGAAAAAAAGGUUUGA